GUUGUGCCUCCGGUAGCGUCUAAGCAUUCCUGACGCGGAGGCCCCCCAUGCGCGGGCUCGGGAGUGCGGGGGCCGCUGUGAGGGGCCCCGGGAAGCCCAGUUAAAAGUCCCGGGCCGCGGCCGACGCGAGGGCCUCCUCGGAGCGGUGGCGCCGGUCGUAGCGUUUCGUGCUGCGGGAUAACCGCGUCGGGCCGCGGGCCGGGCCUAGCAGGCAGCCUUGGGGCUGCGGGCAAAACCCCUCGGGGGCGCUGGGUCUGCGCUGCAGCUACACGCGCGGAGAGUUCGUGUGGAACCCGGUGUCCUGGCGUUGGACGGGAGGUUCAGCCAGGUGUCGAGCGUGGGAGUGGUCCUCAGGUUCCUGACUUCCAGCAAUAGCAACGAGCCACGCUCUCUAGCUGUACUCUACUAAUAUUUCCUGAAGGGCCUGUCACCGGGUUAGCUGUGCUUUCUGCUUGUAGGGCCAAUGCACAUUCCGUUGCUGUUACAGAUACUCUGGUGAAGAAUACAGAACCAACAUGGCUUUCCUUUCCUCAGAAACCUUUGAUGGGAAGUGAACUCUUGUUACGCUUGAAGAUUUUCAGUGAAUGGACCUGACUGGACUCUGAGCACAUCAAUAAACAUGAGCGGUACCAAACCUGAUAUAUUGUGGGCACCACACCAGGUGGAUAGAUUUGUUGUAUGUGACUCUGAACUGAGCCUUUAUCACGUGGAAUCUACUGUGAAUUCAGAACUCAAAGCUGGAUCUUUACGUUUAUCUGAAGACUCUGCGGCUACAUUACUAUCAAUAAAUUCAGAUACGCCAUAUAUGAAAUGUGUUGCCUGGUAUCUCAAUUAUGAUCCUGAAUGUCUUCUAGCAGUUGGACAAGCAAAUGGUCGAGUUGUACUUACAAGUCUUGGUCAGGAUCAUAACUCAAAAUUCAAAGAUUUGAUAGGAAAAGAAUUUGUUCCAAAACAUGCACGACAAUGUAAUACACUUGCGUGGAAUCCAUUGGAUAGUAACUGGCUUGCUGCUGGGCUUGAUAAACACAGAGCUGAUUUUUCAGUGCUGAUUUGGGAUAUUUGCAGCAAAUAUACUCCUGAUAUAGUUCCCAUGGAGAAAGUGAGACUUUCAGCAGGUGAAACUGAAACAACAUUAUUAGUAACAAAACCUCUUUAUGAAUUAGGACAAAAUGAUGCUUGUCUCUCUCUUUGUUGGCUUCCACGAGACCAGAAACUUCUCCUUGCUGGUAUGCAUCGUAACUUAGCCAUAUUUGAUCUUCGGAAUACAAGCCAAAAGAUGUUUGUAAAUACAAAAGCUGUUCAGGGGGUGACAGUAGACCCCUACUUUCAUGAUCGUGUUGCUUCCUUCUAUGAAGGUCAAGUUGCCAUAUGGGAUCUAAGGAAAUUUGAGAAGCCAGUUUUGACUUUGACUGAGCAACCAAAGCCCUUAACAAAAGUAGCAUGGUGUCCAACUAGGACUGGUUUGCUGGCCACUUUGACAAGGGAUAGUAACAUUAUUAGAUUAUAUGAUAUGCAGCACACACCCACUCCCAUUGGAGAUGAAACUGAACCCACAAUAAUUGAAAGAAGUGUGCAACCUUGCGACAAUUACAUUGCUUCCUUUGCUUGGCAUCCAACAAGUCAAAAUAGAAUGAUAGUUGUAACUCCCAACCGAACAAUGUCUGACUUCACUGUUUUUGAAAGGAUAUCUCUUGCCUGGAGCCCAAUUACAUCUUUAAUGUGGGCUUGUGGUCGUCAUUUGUAUGAAUGUGCAGAAGAAGAAAAUGAUAAUUCUUUAGAAAAAGAUAUAGCAACAAAGAUGCGCCUUCGGGCUUUAUCCAGGUACGGACUUGAUACAGAACAGGUGUGGAGAAACCAUAUUUUAGCUGGAAACGAAGACCCACAGCUCAAGUCCCUCUGGUAUACCCUGCACUUUAUGAAGCAGUAUACAGAAGAUAUGGAUCAGAAAUCUCCAGGAAACAAAGGAUCAUUGGUUUAUGCAGGAAUUAAAUCAAUUGUAAAAUCCUCUUUGGGAAUGGUGGAAAGCAGCAGACAUAAUUGGAGCAGUUUGGAUAAGCAAAGUGAUAUUCAAAAUUUAAAUGAAGAGAGAAUCUUAGCUUUACAGCUUUGUGGAUGGAUAAAGAAAGGAACGGAUGUAGAUGUAGGGCCAUUUUUGAAUUCCCUUGUACAAGAAGGGGAGUGGGAGAGAGCUGCUGCUGUGGCGUUGUUCAACUUGGAUAUUCGACGAGCAAUCCAAAUCCUGAAUGAAGGGGCAUCUUCAGAAAAAGGUGAUCUGAAUCUCAAUGUUGUGGCAAUGGCUUUAUCGGGAUAUACGGAUGAGAAAAACUCCCUUUGGAGAGAAAUGUGCAGCACUCUACGACUACAGUUAAAUAACCCAUAUCUGUGUGUCAUGUUUGCAUUUCUGACAAGUGAGACAGGAUCUUAUGAUGGAGUAUUGUAUGAAAAUAAAGUUGCCGUACGUGACAGAGUGGCAUUUGCCUGUAAAUUCCUUAGUGAUAGUCAGUUGAAUAGAUAUAUUGAAAAGUUGACCAACGAAAUGAAAGAGGCUGGAAAUUUGGAAGGAAUACUGCUUACAGGCCUUACUAAAGAUGGAGUGGACUUAAUGGAGAGUUAUGUCGAUAGAACUGGAGAUGUCCAAACAGCAAGUUACUGCAUGUUGCAGGGUUCUCCUUUAGAUGUUCUUAAAGAUGAAAGAGUUCAGUACUGGAUUGAGAAUUAUAGAAAUUUAUUAGAUGCCUGGAGGUUUUGGCACAAACGAGCUGAGUUUGAUAUUCAUAGGAGUAAGUUGGAUCCCAGUUCUAAGCCUUUAGCACAGGUGUUUGUGAGUUGCAAUUUUUGUGGCAAGUCGAUCUCCUACAGCUGUUCAACUGUGCCUCAUCAGGGCAGAGGUUUUAGUCAGUAUGGUGUCAGUGGGUCACCAACAAAAUCUAAAGUCACAAGUUGCCCUGGCUGUCGAAAACCCCUUCCUCGAUGUGCACUUUGCCUCAUUAAUAUGGGAACACCUGUUUCUAGCUGUCCCGGAGGAUCCAAAUCAGAUGAAAAAGUAGACUUGAGCAAGGAUAAAAAAUUAGCUCAAUUUAACAACUGGUUCACAUGGUGUCACAAUUGCAGGCAUGGUGGACAUGCUGGUCAUAUGCUUAGUUGGUUCAGGGACCAUGCAGAGUGUCCCGUUUCUGCAUGCACUUGUAAAUGUAUGCAGUUGGAUACGACAGGAAAUCUGGUACCUGCAGAGACUGUCCAGCCAUAAAAUGUUAUCAUCUAAAGAGAAACCUUCAAGUGUGGAGCUUUCUAAUAGAUGUCCUUCAUAGCUCAAAAACGUACCUCAGAGCAAGUCACUCAUGACUUUCCUGUAAUGGGAAAAUAAAUCAUUCUAUCAAAUCAGCAAUUUGAUGUUUGAGUGAUUUUGAUGUGCUUCACAGAGACAAAUGCUGCUGAAGUGAACAUCAGCGUGUGGGCAUGAAUUCUGUUCAGUAGGUUGAAAAGUUCAUUUUGGAAGAGUUUUAUAGGGCUUGUUGAAAUUAUGAACACUAUGCAAGCAGAGUUUCUGGAAUAACCAAGAACAGACUUUGAACCUGUAUCUUCUAAGCUGAAAUUGGCUAUCUUUUCAGUAAAAUCUGUAUGCCUUUUAAAGUAGAAUGAAAUGACCAGUUUUUUACCUUUAGAACUGGAGAACCUCUACCCCACACUGGAAUAAAUUUCAUCAAGGUAUGGUUGGUAUAUAUUUCUUAAGGAGUCUUUUCCUUCAUACACUUUCAUUUCAAGAUGAGAAAUCUUUUGGCACAGAUCAUUAUUGUCUUCCUAAGAAAAGCCAAAAUUGAGAAUGUAUCUUAAUACUUCUUCUAUUCUGAGGAGAAAGCUAUGUAUCAUUUCAGUGGAACAUGUUAUAAAAUUUUCAGUUUUUCAGCC